AUGCCCAAGGCCACAUCCUCUCGCUCCGCUGCUGCCCGCCGGCAUAAUCCUCUAGCUGAGGAUUAUCUGACUGCCGGCCAUCUGAGGACCCAAUCGAGCAAGAAGACCAGUCGGAAGUCUCACCGGGAGGAAGAUCAAGAAGAUGGAGAGCGCUUUAUUGAUGCAAAGAUGUCCCGGAAGAUCUUGCAAAUCGGGCAGGAAUUGGCUGAAGAAGAUGCCGCAGAGCAAAGAGUCGCAACAGGGGCGGCGACCGACAAGAUUAAUUCAGCCUUCAAUUUUGAGUCUCGCUUGGAAGAUGACGAGGUUUUAUCGGAUGAUGAAAAAUUUCAAGAUGAUCAAUGGGACGACGAUGAAGAGGAAAAUGAUGAAGUGGAGGUCGAUCCGGACGACCUUGAUAUGUUCCACAAAUUUGUUCCUGGGGGCGACGAAGACCCGAUAUUUAACCCUAGUGGAUCGGAUGCUGAGGGUCAGACCAAGAACCUAGCCGAUCUUAUCCUGGAAAAAAUUGCGGAACAUGAAGCAAAGCAGGCUGGGGAUGGCGCACCGUUUAUUCAGGGUGGAGGUCUGCCGGAAGAUGCUGUCCAGAUACCAGCGAAAGCGGUGGAAGUGUACGAAAAGGUCGGCAUGAUUCUUUCUCGCUACAAAUCUGGGCCUCUUCCCAAACCUUUCAAGAUCCUUCCUUCCGUACCCAACUGGCCCACUCUUCUUCAUAUCACGCGACCAGAGACUUGGACAGCCAACGCUGUUUACGCCGGUACCAGGAUUUUCAUAUCAUCAAAGCCAGCAGUUGCGCAAGAAUUUAUCUCGACAGUGUUGCUUGACCGUGUCCGGGAGGAAAUUCAUGAAACCAAAAAGCUCAAUGUCCACACAUACAACGCAUUGAAGAAAGCACUAUACAAGCCCGCCUGUUUUUUCAAGGGCCUACUCUUCCCAUUGGUUUCAAGUGGAACCUGCACCUUGCGAGAAGCUCACAUUGUCUCGUCGGUUAUUGCACGUGUCUCAAUUCCUGUCUUGCACUCUGCUGCCGCCUUACUUCGCAUGUGUGAUCUUGCUGCUGAACAGUCACUGCGCUCACUGGAAAGCACUGGUGCAGUGAACAUGUUCAUUCGCAUCUUCCUAGAGAAGAAGUACGCCCUUCCUUAUAAGGUAAUCGACGCUCUCGUUUUCCAUUUCCUUCGCUUUCGUGCUAGCGAUGGCGCUGAGGAUUCCAUGAUGACCGAUGAACCUUCUCGUGAAGCCAACAAGGCUUAUAAACUUCCUGUUCUCUGGCACCAGUCCCUACUGGUCUUUGCACAACGCUACCGCAAUGACAUCACUGAGGAUCAGCGGGAGGCACUCUUGGACCUGCUUUUAGUCCGCGGCCACAAGGAUAUUGGACCCGAGGUCAGACGGGAAUUGCUAGCAGGCAGAGGGAGAGGUGUGGUUGCACCGGAUCCAGAGAACCAAGGGGCUAUUGAUGCCGGCGAUGAUACCAUGGAUUUCACGUUAUAA